AUAGCCCCUAUGUGAUGAACAACUAUUAUAAUAUCAUCAAUUAUACUAUUAAUGCUAAUAAUUAUUAUUAUUUAUUUUACUAAAAAAAAUACUUUUACCCAAAAAAAAAACGAAACUUAUUAUAAAUUCAAUUGAAAAUGAUAA